AACGAGUUUUGUGGCACCUAAAUCGAGAAAGUUGGUAAUAUUUUCGGACAAAUUUGCAUAAGCCUUUACCCCUUUUAUCGCGCAUAAGGUUUUUUAUUCAAUUGUACGACUCUACAGCGGAGGAAAUAGUGAUUCAAUUCCAAGCUUACGCCAGUUUGAUAACUCAGAACGGUUAUCUCUUCGUGCCAUACUCAAAGGAACCAGUGUGCAAUUAUGGAUGUUAAAAAUUUACCAAUCCGGAGCUAAAUCGACAGCAACCGUUGGGAUCGCAAUCUAUCCAUCCAGUACAAAAUCAUGAGAGUCCACAGAUUGCUGGCGGUGUUGGUGUUGACUUCCUUCUUUCUGAUUUGGUACUACAUCCUGCGUGUAAACAAUGGAUUGUUCAACGGGCUUAGCUUGGGAACAAACUCAAGUUUCAGCGGGUUUAGCUUGGGUAGGAAGAGUCAUCGCUCCUUGGUCAACGGAACUGAGAUAGCGAUAGUGGUGGUGGCCUGUGGCGAGCGGCACAAUGAAGCGCUGAAUAUGAUUAAAUCGGCUAUUAUGUUCAAUCGAAAUCAAGCGCCGCUUAAAUUCAUCGUUGUAGCUGAGGAACAGUUGAAGCAAAAUUUUGUAGAAAAGUUGGACGACUGGCAGGAAAUUAACGACAAUAUCUUCACGUACGAAAUACAUUCCCUCACAUUCCCGGAAGCGAACAAACACGAAUGGAAAAAGUUGUUCAAGCCUUGUGCCGCGCAAAGGCUUUUCUUGCCGUCCCUUUUAACGCACAUUGAUUCAGUAUUAUACGUCGAUUCGGACACGAUAUUCCUGUCUCCGGUGCAGGAACUGUGGUCAAUGUUUCGUAGCUUCAAUGCAUCUCAGUUUGCCGGAAUGGCUCCGGAACAUGAGGACAAAAAUGCCGGUUGGUACAAUCGGUUCGCCAGGCAUCCUUACUACGGCGAUCUGGGAGUGAAUUCCGGUGUCAUGCUAAUGAAUCUCACCCGGAUGAGGGAGUUCAAGUGGGAGGAGCACAUUAUGCCUAUCUACAAGGAAUACCGCUUGAAGCUGGUAUGGGGGGAUCAGGACAUCGUCAACAUUCUCUUUCACUACCACCCGGAUAGGUUGUACGUAUUUCCAUGCGAUUGGAACUACCGGGCUGAUCAUUGCAUGUACAUGAGCGUUUGCGACGCACCGGAUGGCGUCAAGAUUAUCCAUGGAAAUCGUGGCUAUUUCCACUCGUUCGUUCAACCAAUUUUUAACCUAAUUUAUACAACGAUUGAAGAGUACGCCUUCCGCACGGACAUCCACGCCAACUUCAUCCGAACGGUGGAGGAUUCGCUGACGCUGCCGAGCAAUUCAAACUGUGAUAAACUGCUGGACAAGUUUUUGCAGGAUCCUAGGAAGUAUUUCAAACAGAACCAGUACAUCGAGGAUACUUAAUCGUGUGACGGCAUUUGCAUAUCGAGAAGUGAGAAGUGAGAAUUAUAAACGAACAAUUCGAAUCGAAUAUUAGUGCUAGUGAUUUCAUUUGACAGUGUAACAACAGAACAAUCCGAACGAUUUCUUCGCCCUCUAAUAUUUGCACGUAGCAUUCAUUGACGGGCGAUUGAUGGUAAAUUUAGAUAAAGAAAAACUCGCGCUAGUUGCUAGAUUUUUUACUGCAACCUUGACAUGUUUUUAGAAAUUGUUUAUUUUUUAAUGUCAGUUGUGAGUAUGUAAAUUAUACAUACACAUUUAGUCAGAAUCUGUUUAGAGAGCUACAUGUAUUAGAUGUAACUAUGAUUUCGGAAUAAUGCAAG